GUAUUUUUCAAUGAAACAUUUCAAUGGGGAAUAAAAUUACAGUAUUUGGGACCCGAUUUCGAGUUACGAGGGUGGUCACGGAAAAAUACGAUCUGAAAUACAAACAAUAAUAAUACGCGGAGAUAAAUAAAUACCAAUCAUAAGACUUAAUUAAUGAGUCUAUGAAAACAUCCAAAGAUUUUGUUGUUGUUGUUGGGGGUGGGGUAGGAGACUGUUUCACGAGGAACAACUGAAACCGAAAGUAAAAGCAUACGACCCUCUUUCACAUAAUGCGGAAGGUCUGCUGGCAUGUGUCACUGUUUUAGUUUUACCAUUGCCCCCUUCGAGUGUUUGUGUGUAUUUUCAAUCGAGUUGAAUAUCAUAACAAACAAAAGUCAGGCUUUGGUACCGGGACCGAGUUAGGUUCGGCGAGAGUCACUGGACGGCCACCAAGAGAUGAAAAACACGGAUUGGAAGUAUGUGCCGCUCGGCCUUCAGGAGGAUGGUAAUGAUGAUGAAGAGAACAUGGUGGACAUAUUGGAGGCAAGGAGGCAGAGCAGUGACAUAAGCCAUGCCCUGAGGACUUUCAGGCCACUUUCCUAUAGAGGGGCAAAGCCCUUCUCCGCCGAUCAACUCAACACAGCCGUGCUGGCCUCCCACAAUGUACGCAGCGUAAUUGUCGAGGUUGCCAUGGAGACGGGGUCACCCCCGGAAGCAGUGAGAGCGCAGGCGGCUGCCAUUUUGGAGGAGAUGUCCCAAAAGCUGCAGCUUGGAUUCGUGCGUUUGAUGGGCUUCAUGCUCAGCAAAGUCCUCAAGCGCAUCUACUCCCACAUCUACGUCAACAUGGACGCGCUCCACACGCUUCAGCAGGUGGUAUCGGACGCGCCUGUCAUCCUGCUGCCCAACCACAGGAGUUAUACCGACUUUUUAGUCAUCUCCUACAUUAUGUUUACCUACGACAUCCCGCUACCUGUCAUUGCUUCUGGACUGGCUCUGGCAGGGAUGAAGUUCAUGGGCGAGAUGCUGCGUCGCUGCGGCGCCUUCUACAUCCGACGCGACAUCGCCUCCAACAGGCUGUACUGUGAAGUGCUGUCAGAAUAUGUGAAAACCCUUGUCAGGACAGGAUUCGCGCCGGUGGAAUUUUACAUCGAAGGCUUCCGGAGUCGUUCACUCAAAUCCUUGACACCCAAGUUAGGUAUGUUGCAGAUGGUGCUGGAUCCCUACUUUAAAGGCGAGAUUGACGACGUCAUCUUGGUUCCGAUCAGCUUGAGCUACGACCGACUUCUCGAAGAAUCUCUGCUCGCCCGCGAGCUCCUGGGUAUCCCCAAGCCCAAAGAGAGCACCAUGGGUCUGCUGAAGGCCGCCAGGGUCCUACGUGAGGAUUACGGCUGCAUGUAUGUCAAUUUUGGUCGGCCCAUGUCAGCCAGACAACUUUGUCAAGGGAAGAUCGAGCCGCUCAUAUCCAUUGACGCUCUUGAGAUGCCCUCAGAGGAGAAGCUGGAUUGUUUGAACCGGUUGGCUCAUCUGAUAGUUCGAAUCCAAGAACGGGGUUCCUUCAGCAGCCCGUGGUCCCUCAUGGCUUGCCUUCUGCUGCAGUGGCCGCUCUCGGUCCUGACGCAAACGGGCCUGCCUUGGUCAUGCCUCGUCGAGAGGACGCUGUGGUUGAAGCGGUUGGCGCUGAACUUUGGGGCGCGGCUCAACUGGCCUGUUGUUGCCAUAUGUCACACACCAGAACAUGUCCCCGAUUUGGAGGUGAUUUCGUCAGCCGUGGCUCUCCAUUACCCCUCGGUUCGCCUCAAGGCACAACGUGUCUUCCUGGUCGUAGAGGAAGUGGAAGACGUGGCGGGCCGGCAGCCAAUCAGCACAGAGGACAGCGUGGCCAAGAUGGCGGCGUCCAUGUUGAUGAUGGCGUCCUACCGCAACCAGUCAAUUCACCUUUUUGUCCGGCCGGCCCUGCUGGCCACGGCCUUGAGUCUUUCUCGGAGCGGCCGGAGAGAUGAGGUCUACGCGUCCUUCUGCUUCCUCCAGGACAUCUUCAGGAAUGAAUUCAUCUUUGUUCCUGGUAAAGCUGACAAGGAUUUUGAGGAGGCGUGCUACCUCCUGAAGAAAUGCGGCGCCCUCGACGUCACCGACUCACAGGAAGUGACGGCAUGCGAGGGAGACGGCGCGGAGGUGUUGUCCUUCCUGCGCUCGCUUCUGAAGCCCUUCGUUGACUCGUACCUGGUCAUGUUGAGGUUCUUCAGUGAUCAGGACGCUCACGUCAUCACGGAGCAAGACUUCCUGCCCGCUGUGAGGAAUCUGGCAACCAAGCUCAUCCUCUCAGGCCAUCUCCACACCUACGAGACCCUCUCAUCCGACGUCCAGAAGAACGUCCUGGCGGCCCUCAGGAGGCUGGCGGCUGUGACAAAGUUGAGGGCGUCAGAGAAGGCGUACAGUGUGGAUAAAGACGCCGUGAGGCAAAUCGAAGGCACACUUUGUAAGAAUUACCACGUCGAGCUACAAUAUGAGGUGUGUUCCGGUUGUUUGGGGCAGAAUGUUGAGAAGCUCGACCAAAAGUAGUGCAGACGUUGGGAACGGACACAGUGUGUCACACUCAAAGUGUUUUUCUUGUCCCUAGCUGGGCAAAUCCGUCCCCAGAAGCUCCAGACUGAACCUGACGCAAGAUUUUAGUCUCCACUGGAACGUGUCCAGCCUCGGCACCCAGAGCACAUUUUGCACUCUGACCUUCACUUGAACCCUUCCUCCUUCUCCUUUUUUUGUUGUUCUUCAUGUGCCACUUUCUUUUCAGGGUCUUCAAGAAGAGUUCUGGAGACACCAACCUUCGUGAUUGUAUUCAAACCAGUUAAACGAACUUUUUAAAGUACGUCUUUCGGAUACGACAUUAGAUGUGUUAGGCUCACACAGAGAAGAAAAAAAAAGACAUAUUGUGAAAUGACAAAUAAUUUGCAAUGUCACCAGAAUGAAGUUGCGAUAUCCAAAGUAUAACGAUAUCAUUUUUAUUCUAUGCAACAAUUCAUGAUUUUAUGACUGUUAAUUAAUUACAUUUUUAUGGCAUGUAUACAAGUAGGCCUAAUGUCAAAUAUCAAAACAAAUCAAAUACGUGUUUUGAGACUUUUAUUUUUUGAAACUUCUUUACAUAUCAAUAAAUGUAAAACAGGCAUAACAAAAUGCACCAUGGACGAACCAUUUUUUUUUCUUUGUUUUUUUACUUGGACGCCGUCGUCUCCUUCACUAGGAGUGAGCGAGAACCAGAGGGCAAAGUUCACAGUUCAUCACUGCCGACUGACCGGCCCGCACUGCAGUUAAAAGGCCUCGUUGAGUGCCGGUUGGCCGAGCCACCCGACACUAUUCUAGGUACACCCGCGCCGCUAAAAUGUCGAUAUUAUUUAGAUCUUUUAUUUAGCUUUGCGUCAAGAUCCAAAUACCACAAACAGUUUUAGUACUUCUGCCACCUCAUUUGGGGAAUUAAUAGUCAUAAAAGUUAGCAAAAUUCAACAUCGUCCAAGAUGUACAGUGAACUCCAGUUUCUCAACGUCAAAGGGUGCGAUCAAAGAGACCAUAAAUUAUUGCAAUGUUUGUGUCAAGUGAAAAUGGAUGCUACUACAUCUAGCAUGCUUCCUGUGCUUACACAUCCCAACAGGAUUGAGUCCUGAAAAUACAUCCGCUAAGAGCCUCUGGUAUCUCACCGGAGUUUUUCCAAGAUGUGACAAUGAGGCACUCUGUGAGCACAGUGUUCCAGUCCAAAGACUAGCUGUCAUGUUGGACCUUUUUCCACAACAGUGGAAUAUCCGACAAGAAAACUUUGGUGCCAAGGAGCUACGUAGAAGUGAGUUUGGGAUUUUCAUUUUGACUAAAGUAGUGCUUUGCUGCCAUCUUGUGGCACCUAUUGGCAAUUAUAAACCUUUUCAGGGGGGCAUUAAUUAUUCGCAGCGGGGCUGUUUCUUCAACAGUUUCCCUAAAUUUUGUGAGUGGCGUAUAAUUGAGCUCAUAGGGUUUGAUUCUUUUCGCAAAGGCGGCGCUUUUUCGAACAGCAGGUGUAUCUCACUGAGUGUCGGGCAAGCAGGCACUACGUCCGUGCCAAGGAUUAUCUAUACACGGGCGGCACGUCCACCUUGAUCCGCAGGGCGCUGACGGGGUCCUGGCAAAAGACGGAGAUGUACUCCAGCACUUUGGAGUUGAGCCUCUUCUCGCUUUCCUUGGCGCGGUGGCGCUCCUUGUCCCAGCGCUCGCGCUCGCCGUUCAUCUGGGUGAAGAGGUUGAGCUGGAUGGCGCGCAGCGUGGCAGCCAGCACGUAGGCGCCGCCCUGCAGCCCGUGGCACAGCGCUGCGCCCACGCUCAGCGCCGCCGCCAUCAGGUUGGGCAUUGUCUCGCACAGCACGCACGCGCCUUCCAGGAUGUGGAGUGUGCAAGUGCGGCACGUUGGCGGCGAGCCAUGCGGGGCCGGACCCUGGUGCUGGGCACCGGCCAGGAGGUGGCGGGCGCAGUCGCUGAAGUGGGCGGCGGCGCGGCGCAGGGGCAAAAGGGCCAGGUACAGGUGGCACGCCGCCUUGGUGAGGGCGUGGAAGAGCAGACGCAGCUCCAACACGGCGUUGCCUGGCCGACAAAACGAGAGAUUAGGAAGUGGCCGGGUCAGAUUGGAGUCUAAUCUGAUGCGGUGACUAAUGUCACAGAGAAUUAAAGUCUCAUGAGAAGUCACCUGAGCACGCAAAGCACAUCGUUUGAGUACAAACAACUCGAAAACAAAGAAAAGAACUACAAUUAAGCAUCUUGGGUGUCACAUUGACUCGAAAAACAAGCCUGUGCAAAUUAGACAUUCAAAAUUAACAAUGAAGAUCACUACCAGUACUGGGAAGCACUUUUAAGUAUCUGUAACUUCUAACUUGAUUUUUCUUAUGAUUUUUUUUUUAACUCUCUAGAUUUGAAAACAUCGAUACUUUCUUCUUCCUUGUCAAAAUAAGAUGAUUAGUUUUCCAACCCCCACAGAUGACGUGAUGUAAAAAACAGAAAAGAUGGAAAUAGAGGUUAUGGCAAAUCGGACAUGAAAUUUUGGUUGAAUGAUUAAUUGGUUGAUAUUUUGAAAAUUUUUAAGAGAGCAUGUGAAGCAGGGACCCAUAUUAAGAGCUCCAAGGAUGAUUUGUUCCACAAAUGUCCAUCUAAUCUAGAAAAUCAGAUGCAGGCAAGGCAUAUUUUUGGUGUCCGUAUCAUUAGCUAAUUUGGCUUU